UUAUGUCGCCUGGUACCAAUGAGUGUACUUACGUAUUUUGCCGGGUAUCGAUGAGAGUACCUUUUUGGUUUUUUUGGCUGGAUGAUAAGGUAUCAAUGAGCAUACCUUCCGUUUAUCCCGCUCUUCACAGUUUCUGGUCAAGUUGGGACAACGUGUCACAUUAGUGUUGAUGAUACACUAACACAUCCAGGUGAGUAACAUACGAACCUUUUUUUUGUACUUCAGGGUAUCAAGGAAGUAUACCCAUUCUCUAAGCAGGUAUCGAUGAGGACCAUAAAACCAAAGCCGGCAAAAUCGAUUCGUAAGAAUCGCAGUUGGCAAUGAAUCCAACCUCUGAGGU